UUCCGAGCGUCCACAAGUUCUUUCAUUCCUUGCAAUGGCCACGGCGGGCGUGUGGUUCCGAAAAUGUUUGCGGCUUCACGACAAUGAAGCUCUCGUGAAGGCGGUGGCGACCGCAAAAGAUGUGGUGCCCUUCUUCAUUUUGGAUCCGCACUUUGACAAGAGCAAGGUAGGAGUCAACAGGUUCAACUUCUUGCUUGAGAGUCUCAAGGAUUUGGACGAGCAGUUGCGAGCCCGGAAGAGUCGACUGCUGGUGUUCCAAGGCCAGCCAGAAGAGGUCUUCGCGGAGCUCUUUAGUGGCAAGGGUCCAUGUGGGCGCCUGACGCAUCUCUUCUUUGAGAAGGAUACGGAGCCCUACGCGCGACUACGGGACGCCAGGGUGGCACAGUUGGCCAAGGACAGUGGAGUACAUCUAGAGACCUUUUCUGGGCACACGCUGCUGGACGUAGAUGCCACGGUGGCCAAGCCGGGCUUCAAGCCGCCCAUUUCCAUGAAGAGCAUUCAGAACAUCGCCACGGCUGCGGGGCCGAUCCGCGCACCAUUGGAUGUGCCAAAGAUCCCGCCGCUGAGCGUGGAAGGCUUCCAGGUGCCGUCGAUUGGGGAGAUCUACGCUGUGGAGCCAUCCAGUCAGGGCUUCCCAGGUGGUGAGCAGGAAGCCUUGAGGAGACUGGCUCAAGUCUGCGCGGAUGUGGACUACGUGUGCCGCUUCGAGAAGCCCAAGACGGCCUCCACCGGACGCCCGAAGAGCCCCUGGGAGCCGUCCACCACAGGCCUGUCUCCAUACCUCAAGUUCGGCUGCCUCUCGGUGCGCAGCGCCUGGCAUGCCUUCGACCAGUGCAUGCGGGGCAGGAGUCACUCUCAGCCGCCCCAGUCCUUGCACGGCCAGAUCCUUUUCCGGGAGAUGUUCUACCUCUUAGGGGCCGCUGUCCCCAACUUCGACCAAGACCAGCAGAACUCGAUGUGCAAAGUCAUCCCAUGGGGCAACGACCCAGAACUCCUGGCAGCCUGGCAGGAGGGCCGCACGGGAUAUCCCUUCAUCGACGCCUUGAUGCGGCAGCUGAAUCAAACAGGCUUCAUGCAUCAUUUGGGGCGCCACGCGGUGGCUUGCUUCCUGACGCGAGGGGACCUUUGGCAGAAUUGGACGGCUGGGCGCGAUGUGUUUGACAAGCUGCUUCUGGACUCAGACUGGGCUGUGAACAAUGGCAAUUGGCUGUGGCUGGCAGGUGUCGCGCCUUUCUCCGCGCCCUACUUCCGCAUCUACGAUCCUUGCCCAGGGCCGAAGUCCAGCCUGAACGCUGAGCAGACAGGAGAGUUCGUGAAGCACUAUGUGCCGGAGCUGAAGGAUAUGUCAGCAAAGUAUAUUUACAAGCCUUGGACAGCGCCACUGGCAGAGCAGAAGAAGGCUGGCUGCAUCAUUGGGCAGGAUUAUCCGAAGCCCAUCGUAGACCACCAGAAAGCUCGAGAGGCCAACCUGGCGCGGUUCAAGGCAGCACUGGAUUCGGGCGCGCUGCCCGAGAAGUUUGGCGGCGCCAAAGGUGACCCGGGGCCCAUGACCAGCUUCAGCGGCGGCAAGGGCGGCAAGGGCGACAAGGGCGGCAAGCGCGCGGCGAGCCCGGACGCAGGGGGCCGCAAGCGCCGCUGGGGCAAGGGUGCCAAGGGUGAUACGUUGGCGGGCGGCUGACAGAAUGUCAGAUGCAGAGGUGCCAGAACCCCUCUUUCAGCCUUUGCAGCCGCCUGGGCAAUAGGCAGCCAAUUGACAAGACUCACCGCUCCACUGCAGCGACCUUCAUUGGGGCCCUGCGCGGACAAGAGGCUUGGAAAGGCCGCCUUCCCACGCCCCUGCACACCUUGGGGCGCCCCGACCUUGCAGGGCCUGCGGGUUGAAUCGCCGCUGAUCUGAGCAAAGCCUAGGUCGCAUGGCCGUAUCUCAUAGAUCACUUUUGC